GUCGCAUCUGGCUGGCACCUGGCGCUCGCUCGGCGACAGACGCGGGCUGCGCGCCACUAGCUGGCUACUCUCUUCCUGCCCCUCGCUCACAGCCAUGGACGGGCCCUGCGCCCCAGAGAUGUCGGACUACUCUGAGAACAGUAUCUUCAGCUCGAAGCUGCCUGGCGAAUACUUCACGUACAAGGGCAUCCUCUUCCCCGUGGGCCUCUACUCGCCUGAGAGCAUCAGCCAGGCCGAGAACACCCAGAACGUGCAGGACGAGGACAUCUUCAUCGUCACCUACCCCAAGUCAGGCACCACCUGGAUGAUAGAGAUCCUCAGCCUAAUCCUGAAGGACGGGGAUCCCUCCUGGAUCCACUCAGUACCCAUCUGGGAGCGCGCACCCUGGUGCGAGACAGUCAUGAGUGCCUUCAGCCUCCUGGACCAGCCCAGGCCUCGCCUCCUGAGCUCCCACCUCCCUGUACACAUCUUCCCCAAGGCCGCCUUCGCCUCCAAGGCCAAGGUGAUCUACCUCGCCCGGAACCCCCGUGAUGUCCUGGUGUCCUUCUACCAUUAUUCUAAGAUUGCCCAGCAGCUGAAGGACCCCGGCACACCCGACCAGUUCCUUCAGGACUUCCUCAAAGGCAAAGUGCAGUUCGGCUCCUGGUUUGACCACAUUAAGGGCUGGAUCCGGAUGCAAGGCAAGGAGAACUUCCUGUUCCUCACCUAUGAGGAGCUCCAGCAGGACCUCCGUGGCUCUGUGCAGCGCAUCUGCGAGUUCCUGGGCCGGCCGCUGGGUGAGGAGGCGCUGGGCUCCGUGGUGGCACACUCCGCCUUCGGUGCCAUGAAGGCCAACACUAUGUCCAACUACACGCUGCUGCCUCCCAACCUGCUGGACCACCGCCUCGGGGCCUUCCUCCGGAAAGGGGUCAGCGGAGACUGGAAAAACCACUUCACGGUGGCCCAGAGCGAGGCCUUCAACCGCGUCUACCGAGAGCAGAUGCGGGGGUUGCCGGCCUUCUCCUGGGACAAGGACCUGGGGGACCACGGCCUGGAUCCUGAGCCGGAGCCCGAGACCAGACCAGGCUCUGGCGAGGACUCCGAAUCUCCCCACCAAUGACCCUGACAAUAAAUG